UGGUCUUGAGCAGCACACCGUCCCUAGCCUUGAAGUUGAAGAGGAAUCCUGGAACUGAAACGCAAAGAUCAACGCAGACGAAGACGGUACGGGCACUCUUUUUCUGUUUAGUAUUUUGAACUGUUUUUCUCUUUUGUGAUCUAUUCCAAAACCGAAACACGAACACGAACUCGAAACCCAGAGCGCGGCGGUAGACCAUGGUGUCUCCGCGCACCCAAAUACCAGGACGAAGUGCUUUCUCGGAGGCUUCUGCGACCCGUCGAGGCCUAGGAUUAUCUCGACGGUUCGCUCCACACCCCAGUCCAACACCCAAUCCUGGCUUUUCUGACUGGCGACCACCACCCCGUAGAUCGCACAGUCCAAUUGCCAACGGCCAGUUUCAGUCUCGACCAGCAACGAGGUUCGAAACACCAGGGCAAUGCGCGCCAGCGCCCAGCAACCCUGAAGCUCUCCCGCACGCUUACUGGGGUCCUCAACUUUGCCGGCCGCUGUAUCGGACGUCGCACCCGCCCACCUAUUAGUCGGCAGUCCGCGGCAUACGACGUCCCACCAA